AUGUCACCGCCAUGCGGAACUGCAAUGCAGAUUACUGGUCAAAAACAGAAGUAUUAUUUCCUGGAACAUGAUAUGAAAAUUCCUGGUGACCUAAGUUAUUAUUUCCUGGAACAUGGAAAGGACAUGGACGAAGGAUUGGCGCUGCUGUCUUUCAAUGAUUCUGCAAAUCCCAUGGCUGCAAUUGGAUUAGAGCAUGGUUUGGUUGAUCUGUUUAUGGUGCACCCAAAUGAAGACGGUGAACUUUCUGAUGAUGAAGAUGACCCGGUUGAUAGUCAGCUUACACGGGAAGUUCUCACCCCACGUAUGAUAAGGAAAAUACUGGUGUGGGUGCUGGUUGUGAUAAAGAAGGAGACGAUGAAGAAAUUGGAUCAGACAGAGAGUCCAACAGAGCAGGCAGAACCUGUUUCAGAUAAAGAUGACUAUGACCUGGAUACAAAAGAGGAAGAAAUUAUCGUUAAAGAGAGGGCAAAAAUUAUGAUAACCCAAGGCCGAAAAAGUGCUAUCGGAAUGUUUCCCGCCUUAACAAGAAACACAUUUGUGGUGGUAGGGAUCACAACCAUGGACAAUGGUGACUCAACUACAUACCCUAUUGCAUAUGUUGUGGUGUUGACCGAGAACACUGACGAGCAAAAG